AAGUAAAAGCAAAGAAGAAGCGAAAAUGGCGGAAAAGUCAAAAAUAAGCGCUUUUGUGCCUUUAAGCCGAGAUGAAGAACAUGUUUGGUUUCCCGUGUUUUCAAUGGAGKCUGUUUUCAUCAUCUUUAUCAACGCUGCUACCAUCCUAACGUUCAGUGUAAACAGACAUCUGUUUAGUCGAGCUGUGUACUGCAUCAUUAAUCUUGCUGUGUCUGACAUCCURUAUGGCUGUUUUUUUCUUAUUAACUGCACUUAUAACAGAUUUAAAUCGAAGGCUGAAAGCGGAAACGAGGACUAUGAGCAUCAAGAAGAAUUUCUAUUGGUAAUUCAAGCUCUUAUGAUCUUUAGUACGUCUGCCUCCGCAUCAAGUAUGAAUCUUGUGGCCAUUGAGCGCGUUUUGGCAACUUUUUUACCAUUCCGUCACCGUACUAYUAGAUUAAGAGUGUAUGGUAUUGUAAUUGCCAUUGCUUGGGGCUUUUGUUUAUGUGUUGCUAUCGUCCACUACCUAACACCUCAAAAAUACACGUACRUGUUGAUUUAUUUCUACUUCACCAUGACUAUCAUGACAGUUUUGAUUCUUAUCAUUUCAUAUUCAGCAAUAUUUUUGAAAGUGAAAUAUCAAAACAAGAUGCACAACCACCAACAGAUUUCAGCCGAUAGAAUACGUGAAARAAACAUGGCGUACACMCUAAUGCUCGUCACGUUUGCUUCKUUUCUAACAUGGAUUCCUAUUUCUGURGUCGUURUUCUGCAACAAAAGAACGUCAAAUUUUCUGCGCAUGUUUCAGCGUGUGCUCUAGUCAUUCAGGCCUCAAAUUCCUUCAUCAACUCAGCCAUUUACGCAUUGAAAAUGAAAAAGUUCAGAAAGGCGAUGGUUGAUUUGUUGUGCAAAUGCUCCCGUUAUCAAAUCCAAACAGUUUAAAGAAACAUUUCAUUAUCAUUCAUCGCAGCUCGAAGCAGUACAUUUUUUUCAAAGUUGUUGUUGUUGUUGUUG